CAUGGUUCUCCACUCCAAUAUUGAAACAUAAGAAGACUACAGAGAUUGGAGAGAGAGAGAAGAAGAAGAAAAAGCAAUGAGUGAGUGAGUGAGAUCAGAAGAAUAACAUAAAUAAAAUGGAGGUUAAGGCCAGAGCUCCCGGGAAGAUUAUCUUAACCGGCGAACACGCGGUGGUUCACGGAUCCACUGCAGUUGCCACUUCUAUCGGCUUAUACACCUACGUUUCUCUCCGCUUCACCACUCCUUCCGACGACGAGGAUUUGUUGAAGCUCCAUCUGAAGGACACGGCGUUGGAGUUCUCGUGGCCGGUGAGUAGAGUGAGAGGAGCGUUUCCUGAAUCCGCCGCUCAGCUAUCCUCCACGCCAACCUCGUGUUCCGUCGAGAACGCCAAAGCAAUUGCGGCACUCGUCGAACACCUUGACAUUCCAGAGGCCAAAAUUGGACUCGCCUCUGGCGUUUCCGCUUUCCUCUGGUUGUACUCCUCCAUUCAAGGAUUUAAGCCUGCUACUGUGGUUGUUACUUCUGAGCUUCCUCUCGGCUCCGGCUUGGGUUCGUCGGCCUCGUAUUGCGUGGCGCUGGCGGCGGCCUUGCUGGCUUGCACGGAUUCGGUUUCAACGGAUGUGAACCAUCAAGGAUGGCUCUCCUUUGGGGAGAAGGAUCUUGAGUUGGUCAAUAAAUGGGCCUUUGAAGGGGAGAAGAUCAUUCAUGGAAAGCCCUCUGGAAUUGACAACACAGUAAGCGCAUAUGGUAACAUUAUCAGCUUCAAGUCAGGUAACUUGACGCAUAUGAAGUCAGAUAUGACACUUAAAAUGCUCAUUACUAACACCAAAGUAGGGAGAAACACAAAAGCAUUGGUGGCUGGUGUUUCGGAGAGGAUGCUGAGGCAUCCGGAUAUAAUGGCUUUUGUGUUUAGUGCUGUUGAUUCUAUUAGCAACGAAUUGACAGCCAUUCUCAAGUCACCCACACCAGAUGAGCUCUCUGUGACUGAGAAAGAAGAAAAGAUAGAAGAACUAAUGGAAAUGAAUCAAGGACUGCUCCAGAGUAUGGGGGUUAGUCAUGCCACAAUAGAAACUGUUCUUCGAACAACAUUGAAGUACAAGUUAGCUUCCAAAUUGACAGGAGCCGGUGGUGGGGGUUGUGUUCUGACACUGCUUCCAACAUUGUUAUCAGGCACCGUUGUUGAUAAAGUAGUUUCUGAACUGGAGUCAUGCGGGUUCCAGUGUUUCAUUGCUGAAAUUGGCGGGACAGGUGUUGAAAUUAACUUUGGGGCAUCAUCUUGAUUUUCUAUUUUUUCCAAGGAGCGCAUCAUUGAUCAAAGUAUCAGAUCCUCAAAUAAACAGCAUUGAAUAUAUGCUUCCUUUUUACAUAUUGUGCAUCAAUCUGUAUUUUUUUUUAAUUGAUUUGAACAUUUUCAAUUCAAUUUUGAACGAUAUUUCACAAGGCACACACACUACAUAUAUAGAAUUUAAUAAAACUUACUUUUUAUUAGAUAAAAAAUUGCGGUUGCAUUAAGUAACUGCCGAAUGUGUUUUAGAAACUGUAUGAAGAAGAACGUUUUUGAGCGCCACAAUGGGUGAUUCAGCUACUAAUUACCCAUUCGUAUGUACUAUGUUUCCAAGCCAUUUUUUUUGUUUGGUGGAUGGAGAACCAGUUUAUAUUUUUAGACUCGUGAGA